AUGUCCACCGUCUCCUGGCCGAGCCUGCCCUCCGUGACAAGUAUGAGGAGUUCCUCCUGCGACGGCUGCUGGUGGCCGACCCUGGCACCCGCUGGUGCCCCGCGCCUGACUGCAGCCGAGGCUGAGGACAUCAAGGUCUGUCCCCGCUGCAGUGCCUUCAUCAUGAAGAUCAAUGACGGGAGCUGCAACCGCAUGAACUGCACUGUUUGUGGCUGCCUCUUCUGCUGGCUCUGCCUGCAGGAGAUCUCUGAUGUGCACUUCCUGAGCCCCUCUGGCUGCACCUUCUGGGGGAAGAGGCCUUGGUCACGGACCCGGAAGAUCCUGUGGCAGCUGGGCAUGGUGCUGGGGGCGCCUAUGGUGAUCUCCCUCGUCGCGGGCAUCGCUGUCCCUGUCAUUACCAUUGGGAUCCCCAUCUACAUGGGCAGGAAGGUGCUGGGCCAGAGCCGGAGGAGCAGCCUGUCGGGGUGCCAGCAGUGCCUCUCUGUCCCCAGCAGCGUCCUCCUCUCUCUUUUUGUGUGCCCCAUCCUAACAGCUGGGAGUCGGUGUGCCCCUGAUGCUCACCUACGUCUACGGGGUGGUGGUGCUGUCGCUAUGUCGGAGCCGCUGGGGGUGCGGGGGUGGCCGCAGCCAGCCUGGGGAUCUCGGCGUGGUGGAGCUGGAGAACCUGACCAAGCUGAAUGAGCUGUGGUCAGUGCUGCCGAGCCCCAGGGGGGGUGAGGACGGAGUCCCAGACACAACCACCUCCUUCCCCAGCAGCAGCCGUAGCCCGCGCCAUGGAGCAGUAUGGAAGGAGCAGGACAGCCAGUCAGCCAGCACGGUGGCCCUGGCG